AUGAAUAUGUUGGAUGAUGAAGAUGACCAAAGCUUUCACGCUACGCGUGACGGCUACUCCCAUUUGAGCGAUGUCGAAUGGGAUGCGGUUGAACGAAUGGGUUCGACCAUGGGCAUCCAUGCUGUUAGCGUCAUGCUAGAGGCUCUCAAUAGAGAUGCCCAACAUGCUACUAUCGCCAAGUUCAUUCAAAAUGAACUUGACGCAGAACGCGAGAAAGUAGCCUUGCUUCACCAACAAGGUUCUCAACAAGCAGAGUUGUUGAGAGAACAAGGUGCUCAACAGUUUGAACUGUUGAGACAGCAGCAGGCUGCUGCUGGCGGGUCGAUGCACUCGCGUCGGCCCGAGACUUUGAAGAUUGACAUCUCAAAGUAUAGAGGGGUCGAAGAAGACUCCCUCUUGAGAUGGUUCGUCGAAUUGGAUGACGCCAUAAGGGCGCGUCGCAUCGACGACGGGGAUAUGCAAGUUGCAUUUGCCCAAUCAAAUCUGGCAGGACGUGCCAAGACUUGGGCUUUGGGGAUCAAGUUGCACGACUCAUAUGUGUUUGGGUCGUUGGAAGUCUUCAAGUCGCGGCUCAGACAAACGUUUGAACCGCCUAGAGCUGAGUUCAGAGCUCGAACCGAACUCUUGAAGCUCAGGCAGGGUAAGCGUGAUGUGCACGCUUACGCUCAACAUAUACGACAUCUCACGAGUUGUAUAAGUUCCAAUCCGGUGGAUGAACACACGUUGGUUUCGGUGUUCAUGCAGGGUCUUGCGGAUGGUCCCGUCAAGACUCACCUGUAUCGACUUGAACUAGAUUCACUAGAACAAGCCAUUUCCAUUGCGGAGCAGGAAGACUUCAGUCUGAGACAGGCUCGCGCCAGCUCGACAUCAUAUCGUCAACCGAGACGAUAUGACAACGGAGGUCCAGAGCCGAUGGAACUCUGUUAUGUAGAGAGCGAGAAGGCUCGCUCUACAGGCUACAAGAAGUUGCAGAAAUGCAACAGAUGUCAAAAGACAGGACACUACGCUUACGAGUGUAGUGCCCCUCGUCCAGUGUCUCGCGACACUGGGCGUAGUGACCGUCCACCCAUGAGAAAGGGGCAGGGACGAGGGUCCGCAGUUGGUGCAAAGACGCAACAACGGGAUGGACCGUCAAAAAACGGACAGGAUCAGUAG